UGAUGCGCUGUGUCCCUCGGACACAGCGGAUCACCAAUCACGGAAAGAGCCGAAGAUGUCAGCUCGGUCAUGUGAUCAGCUGUGUCCAAUCACAGCUGAUCACAUGGGACAUGUACACUGAUCAUCAGGGCACGGAUGAUCAGUGUGCCCUGUGAUGAUCAGUGUAGCCUCAGCAGUGCCACCUGUCAGUGUCCAUCAGUGCCUUAUGUCAGUGCUCAUUAGUGCCUCGUGCCAGUGACCAUCAGUGCCACAUAUCAGUGCCUACCAGUGCACAUCAAUGCCACAUAUCAGUGCCCAUCUGAGCUGUCUUUCAGUGUCACCCAUCAGUGCCAGUCAGUGCCACCUAUCAAUGACAAUCAGUGCCACCUAUCAGUGCUGCCAGUCAGUGCCACCUAUCAGUGCCAGUCAGUGCCAGCUAUCAGUGCCAGUCAGUGCUGCCUAUCAGUGCGCAUCAGUGCCGCCUCAGUGCCAGUCAGUGCCGCCUAUCAGU